ACCACCAUCGCGUCUUCUGCAUCGCGUACCCGCCCGCGUGCGAUCUCCGUUGCGCCGCUGAUAUAGCCCCUCCCCGGUCUGAUAUACCCCCCAUACAACCAUGAUGCCAGAUGGCCUACGCCCACAGGGUACCUCACCGCACUGCUUACGUCGGUACUUUCAAACAUGCCGAGCGGUACCUCCUCGAGUCGGUACUGCCAAACCGCCCGCCUCUUCUGCCCGCCUCUUUCCCCAUCGCUUCAACCCCUCGUCCAGCCCAGCCAGCUGCCGGAAGUUCGCAGGAGUCACAGGCACCACUACCCACUACCUAG